UUUUCAGGCACCAUUAAACUGGAAGACAAAAUUAUCUUUUCUCUUUAACUUGUUUCAGUCAUUGGACUGUGGCUAUGAAGAGACUGCCUUUAAGGGUUUGGGUGAACAAAUCGACUUCAGCAUGUAAUUUUAAAACCUGGUAUUUAUUCUGUUUAUUCUUUUGCUGAACCGCUAUGUUACGGGAACGUAAACAGAUCAGCACCCGUAUUCAUAAGUUGUCAUGCUAUGGGGGAGAGACAAGUACAAAUACACACACAUGGUAGGUUUCCAUAUAGUUUCCACCUGCCAAAUUCACCCGCAAGACAUUGAUUGGCCUGGAACUAUAGUAAAAGGCACUUGCUUAAGGUACCUUGCAGUGGGACUGAACCUGAAAUCACGGAGUUGUAAAACGAGUUUCUUAACCACACAUCCAUGCCCACAAGCCGAGAAAAUUUAGUGUAUUUAACACUCACUUUGAAGCAUUAAGAGAAAAUGGUAGCGACAAAGUAAUACCGGGUGUUGCACGAAUUUUCUUUUAUCGACCCACGAAGGAUGAAAGGAUUAAGUUGAUGUAUUUGGUGUUAUGAACUUAGAACUCUACGAAACAAGUUUGAAAUGCUAAGCAAGUGAAGAGAACAAGUUAGCACUUGUAAACUUCCGGUUAGAUCGAAACUGGUGGCUGUUGUUGGACUGUGUGAGACGGAUCUGGCUAUCAACUGAAUCCACUGUGAAGGUUGCCCCGCCGCCUUCUUUUAACCGGAAAGAGCAGGCAGUUUUAUAUGCCUGUUGGACAUGGCAAAAUAGGUUGUAUGGUGGACGCAACUGAAAAAAGCUGAAGAAAAAAUGUUUCUCUUAGGUCAAUCCUCAUCACUUGAAGAAGAAAACACAGAUGAGGAGGCAGAAAUGACACCCUCGCCUACCGUACCCGUCCCCGUCGGAGAUGGAACCAUGAAGAUCAUUGAAAGACCCAAGGAUGAAGAAGAACGCGAAACUUGGGGCAAAAAGUUAGAUUUUCUUCUAUCCGUGAUCGGUUUUGCCGUAGACCUCGGCAAUGUCUGGAGAUUUCCCUACAUCUGCUAUCGUAAUGGAGGUGGCGCCUUUCUUAUCCCAUAUAUCAUUAUGUUGGUGUUUGGCGGCUUACCAUUAUUCUACAUGGAACUGGCACUGGGCCAGUAUCAGCGUUGCGGUUGCUUUACAGUCUGGAAUAGAAUAUGUCCAAUGUUCAAAGGUAUUGGUCUAUCGAUAUUCGUGAUAUCUACCUACGUAGCUUUCUACUACAAUACGAUUAUAGCGUGGUCGGUUUAUUACUUGUUUUCAUCGUUUAACUAUGAAGUACCUUGGCUGAGUUGUAACAACAGCUGGAACAGUGACAAUUGCACAACCUUCGAACAACGACGAAACCAAUCCUUACCUAUGAAUUUGUCCACCUCCUCUGCACAAGAGUUCUUUGAAAACAAUAUUCUGGAAAUCCAGUAUUCUAAAGGCAUCGACGAUGUUGGCGGAGUGAAAUGGAAGAUAUUUCUAUGUCUGCUGGGAGUUUUCAGUAUUGUCUACUUUAGUUUAUGGAAAGGAAUCAAAAGUUCCGGCAAAGUUGUAUGGGUUACGGCUACUUUACCUUAUAUUGUCCUAUUGGUGCUGCUCGUACGUGGAUGUACGCUUCCUGGAUCGUAUGAAGGUAUUAUUUACUAUCUCAAACCGAAUUGGAGUAUGCUUUUGCAACCAGGAGUUUGGAUAGAUGCUGCGGCACAAAUCUUUUUCUCACUCGGUCCUGGUUUUGGAGUGUUGUUGGCACUGUCCAGUUAUAAUAAAUUCAACAACAACUGCUAUAAAGAUGCACUUAUUACAAGUGCAGUCAACUGUUGCACCAGCUUUUUUGCCGGAUUUGCCGUCUUCUCAGUCCUUGGGUACAUGGCCCAUGUUCACAAGAAAAGUGUUGCAGAUGUAUCACGUGAAGAUGUUGGUCUAAUCUUUAUCGUCUACCCAGAAGCUAUCGCUACACUGAAAGGGUCCGUAUUUUGGGCCAUAAUUUUCUUUGUUAUGCUAACUACUCUAGGACUUGAUACCACGUUUGGUGGCUUGGAGGCAAUAUGUACUGGUAUUCUUGACGAAUUCCCCAAAUUAAGACGACACCGAGAAUUGUUUGUUGCCUUCCUUCUCGUAUAUUGUUUGCUAGGUGGCCUUGCGACAACAACUUAUGGUGGUAUAUACGUGGUCCAGCUAUUAGAUACUUAUGGUGCCCCAAUAUCUAUAUUGUUUGUUGUCUUUCUGGAAUCCGUAGCAGUUUCUUGGAUUUACGGAGUGAACAGAUUUAGUGAUGAUAUCGAAUCCAUGAUCGGUACCCGCCCAGGUAUCUUUUGGCGUGGCUGUUGGGCGGUGGUCAGCCCAGUCUUCUUGUUGAUGUUAUUCACUUUAUCUGUAGUGAGUGACAGUGGCCCAGUGUACGGAAAUUAUCAAUACCCGUCGUGGUCUAUCGGAAUUGGUUGGAUUAUAGUGUGUUCUUCUUUAAUAUGCAUUCCGCUUUAUAUAAUAUAUAAAUUCUUCACAUUGGAAGGAUCAGUGUGUGAGAGACUUAGGAAAAUGAUUCAACCGUCGGAGCUUCCAAAGCACGUGCAUCGACAAGAGGCCGAACCGAUCUUUCUAUGAGUGAAUGGCCGCAUCAGUGUUCCAUGUAAAUUCCUAUUUCGGUGACUGUCAUCCAAAGAAGAGGAAAGAGAGUGAAUCUAGAAGUGAGGAAACAGUUAGACGUCUGUGUCAAAUUUGCACUGAGGAGGGGAAAUUUAUCUUUCUUCCCUUUUUCUCCUUUUUCACAAUUAUGUGACUUAGUCUACGAUGAAGACACAGAAAUGCUAAUCAGUUCGACCUCUCAGCUAUUGGGUUUUCUAACCUCUCUUACCUUUUGACUAUAUAUUUGUUUUCGUAUUCUAUAUUUUAAUUUUUUUUUUUUCCUAUCUUUUUGUUUGUGUCAGUUGAGGUGGAACAAAUCCCAGUUGUGUGAAGGAGAUGAAAUAUUUGUUGUUAGUGACUUAAAACAAACAAAUUUUAUCUGUGCUUUAUAACGUCUUCUCUCUCUUUUCCGCCCCUUCUCUUUCCCUCUCUCUCUUUCUCUCUCUCUCUCAAAUACCGUCGACAUACCGCACUAAACAAUAUAGGUGCGGGAUUACUCUCAUCUCUAACCUCGUUGUCGCGUGAAUUAAAAUACCGUCGUUAUACAUAGAUUGAAGGAUCGAUUCUAUUUCUUCUUGUGCUUGUUCUAGAUCUUGCUCUAUCUUCUUAAUCUUCUCCUCCUCUAUCAUUAUUUCAACAUUAACUGAAUAAAGUACCAGUUAAAUACAGGACUCAGUUUAAUGGCCCCUAGUGUCUAUGAUUGAAGUUAUUUUAUUUCAUCAUUGUCUUCGCAAGCUCCAAUUCUCCUUUUACCAAUUGUCUUUUAGCUUUUCUCAUUUUUUAAAACUGCUUAAUUAUUUUCUUCAAUUUCUUUACUUUCUUCCUCCCUAGUUAACUUUUUAAAUACUAUCUUUCUUUUGGUAUUCAUUUCAUCACUAUGUUUAACUUCAUCACUUUGUUUUAUUUCCUGCCUUCAUUAUCAUCUUCUUUCUCUUUGCCCUCCUCUUCUGUCCCUUUCUUUUGUUCAUUUUUCUCUUCAUUAUUAUUUCAUAAUUAUUUAACAAUCCACUCUAAAAUAUUCUUGUUCUGGAGAUCUACCUUUCCUCUUUUAACCGCCUUAAUUUUGUUUAAUCUUCUUCUAUUUCCCCCUCCACUUACCUGUAACAUCUAUUUUGAUAUUUUUUUUAUUCUUCCGUUAUUUUUCUCCCACUGGAUUUUUCCAGGAUCAACUCCUUUAUGUUCUUCCUUCGUCUUUUCCUUACUCUUCUACCAAUCAACUUAAAAUAGUGGAGGAUCUUCAACUAAGUGAACUCGAGAUAUUUCAGGGAAGAUUCUUGAUUCUGAGAUUAACCAUUUUAUUUGACUGGAUUGUCCAUUCUUAUCUACCUUCACACGUUUUCUAACAUCAGACAUAUAAAGAUAAACACAAACACACACAUAAACACGAAUAUAUACACUAAUAGCACGUACCCACUCACUCUCUCACUAUAGGUACAAGAACUUAGAAAGUGAAGGAAUCAGAAUUAGCGAAAAUAAUGAUACAUGCACAAGUGCAUAUAUAUAUAUUGU